CCGACCAAGCCGGCGGCCGUCGCCGAGGACUCGGACGCCGCGUACGAGGCGGACACGGACGAGGACGAGCCGGCCGAGCGGCGGCCCGACACGACCGGGCUGCGCGUGCCCGAGCUGCCCGACUUCCUGCGUGGCAAGACGUUCCUGCUGUACGGGCAGACCAUGUCGACGGAGACGCGGCGCCAGGCGGGCCGCUACAUCACGGCGUUCGGCGGGAAGCUGGAGCAGUACUUCGGCGACGGCAUCAACUAUGUGAUAACGUCGGACGCGUGGGACGGCAACUUCGACGAGGCGCUGUCGGCCAACCCUGAGCUGAUGUUCGCCCGGCCGACCUGGCUGGACGCCUGCGCGCGUCAGCAGAAGCUGGUGCCGCCCCAGGCGUACCUGGUGACGGCCGACCUCUGACGGGCGAGCGCGCGGCGGAUGGUGGCCGGCCCUCACACAGCAGCCAUGGCAGAGGAACUGGUGCCGGGGAGCCGCCAAACUGGUGCCACAGGCCAAACUGGUGCCAGAGGACUGUGAUGAGGGCGGCCCAGAGCCGUGGUCACGACUGGAGCCCGUGGGCCUGCGAGAGCAGGAGCCUGCGAACUCGGGAGCCUGCGAGCUCGGGAGCCCGCGAGCUCGGGAGCCCGCGAGCUCGGGAGCCCGCGAGCUCGGGAGCCUGCGAGCUCGGGAGCCCGCGAGCUCGGGAGCCUGUGAGCUCGGGAGCCCGGGAGCCCGCGAGCUCGGGAGCCUACGAGCUCGGAAGUCUGUGUGCCUGUGAGCCUGUGAGCCCGUGAGCGUGUGAUCCGCCCAGGCUCGCGAUCUCGGCUUCAGAGCGGUGUCCGCCACCCCCAGCAGAUGCGGCCGGGAGCGGACUCGACAGACCCCGACUGCUGUGCCGGUGGUCUGGGCGGGUUGACACGUGGCGAGUACAAAAUUGCCCAACUGCCGGGAUGUGUGAGUGAGGCCCGAUCACUGGGCCGCUUCAUCGCCUUCGUUGACUAAGUUGCCGCGUUGUGUGCCUUUGCCUAGACUGCUCUGUUGUUACGUAGUGUGGUAUUUUACACUGCUUUUUGACGAAAGCGUUUUGUUUCGACCUGCCGUGUGUAUUAGGAAUGUUGUGUUGUCACGUUUGCUAACAGGCUUUCUCGACGGCCGUGACAGCUGCCAGGACGGUGUUUUGUUGUGAUUACUGUUGAGCCCCUCCGCCGGGUGCCAGGCCGAUA